GCAUACUGGGUUCUCCAAAGCUUACUUUUCAUUCUGCAAUUUUCAUUACUUGUAAACCACAUUUGAAAAUUGUCAUUCCAUUAAUUGGCUGCUUGCUCAGUUGAAUUUGCAUAAAAUGCAAAGGAGGCAUAAAACUCCUUCAACAGCUUUUCAAACAGCGACUAGUAAUGAAGGAAGUAGCACGUCUACUGAUGAUGAAGAUUCCCAAAUCAAUUUUCAUCUUGGAAACCCAAGGAGGUCUUCUUAUAUGUGGCUAACAUUGUUCGUGGUGAUCACGUAUUGCUGUUCAGCAAUAUAUAGAUACCAAUUUGAAAACAUGCCUGUGCCUCUCACUGCAGAACAGGCAGGCAAGAGGGGUUUCUCAGAGAUUGAAGCCUUGAAGCAUGUCAAGGCCUUGACUGAGUUGGGCCCACAUCCCGUUGCUUCUGAGGCUCUGGAUUCUGCCCUGCAGUAUGUUUUGGCAGUAUGCCAAACCAUUAAGAAAACGGCUCACUGGGAAGUGGAUGUUGAAGUGGACUUUUUCCAUGCAAAGUCUGGUGCAAAUCGUUUGGACAGUGGUUUAUUUAUGGGGAGAACACUUGUUUAUUCAGACCUGAAACAUGUUGUAGUGAGGAUCUCGCCAAAAUAUGUAUCUGAAGCAAGAGAGCAAUCUAUUCUAGUUUCUUCUCAUAUUGAUACUGUUUUCUCAACAGAAGGCGCUGGAGAUUGCAGUUCCUGCAUAGCUGUUAUGAUGGAACUUGCACGUGGGAUUUCUCAAUGGGCUCAUGGAUUGAAGAAAGCUAUAAUAUUUUUAUUUAAUACCGGGGAGGAGGAGGGUCUGAGUGGUGCUCACAGCUUUAUAACCCAGCAUCCUUGGAGUAAAACUGUUCAUAUGGCUAUUGAUCUGGAGGCCAUGGGCAUUGGAGGGAAAUCUGGUAUAUUUCAGGCUGGUCCUCAUCCAUGGGCUAUUGAGAGGUUUGCUUCAGUAGCAAAAUACCCAUCUGGGCAGACUAUAGCGCAGGACCUUUUUUCCUCAGGAGCCAUAAAAUCUGCAACAGACUUCCAGGUGUACAAAGAAGUUGCUGGCCUUUCUGGCCUUGAUUUUGCAUAUGUAGAUAACACUGCAGUUUAUCAUACGAAGAAUGACAAACUGGCGCUCUUAAAGAAAGGAUCUCUUCAACAUUUAGGGGAAAAUAUGCUUGCUUUCCUGCUUCAUAUUGCUGCAUCUCCUCAGUUUCCCAGAAGCAAUACAACAGAAGCAGAAGAAGAAAUAAGUCAAAACAAUGCCAUAUAUUUUGACAUCCUGGGAACAUACAUGGUCGUUUACCAUCAAAAAUUUGCAAAUAUCCUUCAUAAUUCAGUAAUAAUGCAAUCACUGCUAAUUUGGACUACAUCAUUGCUUAUGGGCGGUUUUCCGGCUGUUGCUUCAUUGGCCUUGUCAUGUUUGAGUGUUCUCCUGAUGUGGGUGUUUGGCCUAGGUUUCAGUUUCCUGGCAGCCUUUUUUCUAUCCUUGAUAUCGUGGUCACCAGUGCCAUAUGUUUCAACCCCAUGGUUGGUGGUUGGAUUAUUUGCUGCACCAGCUUUUCUUGGAUCAUUGACAGGUCAACAUUUGGGUUAUCUUCUAGUUCAAAAAUAUCUCUUGGGCGCACAAUCAAGGAGAAAACAACUGUCCCGGGCUAUUCAAGUUGAAAUUGUCAAGGUAGAGGCUGAAAGGUGGCUCUACAAAGCCGGGUCUUUUCAGUGGCUUAUUCUUCUCAUUUUGGGGAGCUAUUAUAAAAUAGGGUCGUCUUACUUGGCUCUUGUUUGGUUAAUCUCACCAGCAUUUGCAUAUGGCUUUUUUGAAGCAACUCUAACCCCAGCAAGGUUGCCAAAGCCACUCAAAUUGGCAACCUUGCUUCUAGGGUUAGCUGCUCCAGUUUUAAUUUCUGCUGGCACAUUUAUCCGGCUGGCUGGUAUCGUCAUAGGCAGUAUGGUCCGUCUUGAUAGGAAUCCUGGUGGUACACCUGAAUGGCUGGGGAAUUUUGUGAUUGCCGGAUUUAUUGCUGCUCUCUUGUCCUUGACCCUAGUGUAUCUCCUAGCCUAUGUUCAUAUUUCAGGUGCUAAAAGGCCAAUCAUCCUAGGAAGUAUGAUGCUGUUCAGCGUAUCUUUAGCACUUGUAUUAUCUGGUGCUGUCCCGCCAUUUACUGAAGACACUGCAAGAGCUGUAAAUGUUGUACAUGUUGUAGAUGCAACAGGAAACUUUGCUGAAGGGAAACAGAAUAUAUCAUAUGUGUCAUUAUUUUCUACUACUCCUGGAAAGUUGAUGAAGGAGGUAGAACAGAUUCAAGAAGGUUUUGUGUGUGGGAGAGACAAACAAGUUGAUUUUGUGACUUUCUCUGUCAAAUAUGGUUGCUGGACGUACAACGACACUGAAGGUGGCUGGAGUGAGUCAGAAAUUCCUAAACUCCAUGUCGAUAGUGAUGCUAAAGGCGAUCAAAGGGCUACCCGAGUUUCAAUCGAUACCAAGGGUUCCGUCCGCUGGGUUCUUGCAAUUAAUACAGAAGAAAUAGAAGAUUUCAAGUUUACAGAUACUGAGAACUCGGAAGAAUUAAUCCGAGCGGGCAAAAAGGGCGGCGUGGAUGGUUGGCAUAUCAUCCAGUUUUCAGGAGGAAAGAAUUCACCAACAUUGUUUGAUCUGGAUCUGCACUGGAGAAGAACAUGUUCAACUCAGACAUCUAAGGAUGUUUUUGAUGGGGUUAGGAAAGAACAAAGGCCUCUUCUGAAACUAAGGACAGAUGUGGACAAAACGACAGACAUAACCGAAAGAAUAUUGAUGAAGCUUCCUCGUUGGUGUUCCUUGUUUGGGAAAUCUACUUCUCCCCGUACCUUUGCCUUCUUCAGAGACCUUCCUGUUAACUUUUAGCUUACUCGAGAUUGAAGAGAGAACUUUAUUUGGUUGACAUACUAUAGUCAUGGUCGUGAAAUAAACACUAAUAAAAUCUUCAUUUUAGUGGUCAUGGGAAUUUAAUCUAUAGUGUCAACUUUUCUUCUGGGUUGUGUAAAAAGCAAUUAAGUUUUAAUGUUGAAACAACUGAUGUACUUAAAGCUCACGUUUUAACCAAUUCAACUGUUAAAAAUAGAA